ACGUAACCACAGCGGGCGAAGUAUAGAGCUUUUAAUCGUUCGUUUACACUAUUAUGAUGUUUACCUAUACAAUACGUCACGGUGGCCAGUUUUUUGAUUUCUUGGUCGUGGUGUGGAACUUGCGCGCCGUCUUAAAUCUUACAUUUUUGCUGAAGGUCAGCACACUUUGGCCACGAUUAAUUAAACACUGGUGUGAAAUGGAAACAAAUAUGGCAUCUUACGGACCUGUCCCAAAUUUAAAACGAAGACUUACGAUUUUACCAUUUCUUUAUUUGAUCUUGGGCACAGGGGAGCACGUGUUAUUUGUUUGCGGUGGAAUUAGACGAGCGCUCAGCAAAGCGAGUCCUUCAGAAUCUUAUGUAGAAAAAUAUUUUACUCUUGUCUAUAACGAGUUCUUUACGUUAUUUGGAUAUGCACAUUGGAAAGCAAUUAUAGUUGAGUUUCUGGCCCUCAUAGCAACAUAUCAAUGGCAAUUCAGCAAUCUUCUCAUAACGUUAUUGUCCACCGCACUUGCUGAAAGAUUUCGCCAAAUCCGACAAACAAUAAACUGCAGAAAAAUACUGAGCGAGAGUCAGUGGAGAAUCAUCCGUAAACAAUACAACAAUCUGAUAAUUCUGUGUAAUUUUUUAAACGAGGUACUUUCCAAUAUCGUGGUUUUAUCGUUUCUAAGCAAUGUGUACUUUUUAUCCAUUUCCAUUUUACAAUGCCUUUCAUCAUCCCAGACGGGUUACGGGGCAAUGUAUUUUUAUUACGGAUUACUAUUUACUGCAUUUCACUUUGUUUUACUCUGUUGGUACGCCUCUGAAGUGUACGAAGAAAGCUCGGCGUCUAUUUCGGAACUGGCAAUUAUUCCGACGAAAUACUUAUCGCAUGAAAUCGAUCGAUUGCUUCAACAAAUGACACCUAGACAGACAGCAAUUUCAGGGGGAGGGUUUUUUGACGUGAAAAGGACUUCAAUUUUAAGCAUCGUGAGCACACUUGUUACAAUUGAGUUGAUAUUUAUGGAGUUUAAUACGAAAGCGCAAUCGAAUGUAUAA